CCACAACAACAUCCUCAGUAAUGUCUUUUCGAAAGAGGAAUAUUGGAUUGUCGACUGGAGGCGAUCGGACUGCGUCCGUCAAUGCCUCUGCCGGGCUGCAGCAAGCGACGUCUCCUGCUGCUGCUGCUGCUGCUCCAGAAUCCACGCCGGGCGUUCGCCCCUCCCCCGACGAUGGGCGUCCGACGACGUCGACGGGAACACCGUCGCUUGAUAACAUACUUGCUGGACAUGGAGGUCUUCCUAUUGGGAAGACAUUGCUGGUGGAAGAGAAUGGGACGACGGACUUCGCGGGAGCUUUGCUACGAUACUAUGCAGCUGAGGGCGUGGUGCAGGACCACAGAGUCCAUGUCGUCGGGAUGCCGGAGCAGUGGGGAAGAAGUCUUCCGGGGCUUAUAGGGCCAGCUGAUGCUGUCGAUGAUAAGCAAGACAAGCGCAAGGGCGAGCGCAUGAAGAUCGCUUGGAGGUACGAGCGCCUGGGGGAGUUUGGAGCAGGAAUUGCAGGGUCAAGAGCUACUUCCGGGGACCAGAGUCAACCGACUGCAGACGGAAGUCCGGACAAGCGACCUGCGUUCUGUCACGCCUUCGAUUUGACCAAACGACUCACACACCCCUCCAUCACCAAUCUCAACUACAUCCCGCUCACCCCGUCGAACGAACCCCUGUUCACGACCAUCCACAAACGCCUUGAUGCUGCGAUCGCUUCGAGCCCCCCAAACACUGUCCAUCGCAUCGUCAUCCCGUCUCUCCUGAACCCCACGAUAUACCCGUUCGAAUCGAGCCAACCUGAUAGCGUUCUGCCGUUCCUCCACUCCCUCCGAGCACUGCUCAACACGCCCGGCGUUCGAGCCACGGCGAUGAUCACAAUCCCCUUGUCUCUGUUCCCUCGCGCGUCAGGCCUUGUCCGAUGGAUGGAACUCAUCAGCGACGGAGUCAUCGAGCUGUGUCCAUUCCCUCACUCAGCCGACGCGCUCGCCACCUCCGGCGCAGCCACGUCCCACGAGGAGCCUCCCCAAGGAAUGUUGAAGACCCAUCGGCUACCAGUCCUGCACGAGCGUGGUGGCGGGAGUGACCAGAACGUCGGCCAGGACUGGGCUUUCACAUUGAGUCGGCGGAGGUUCGAGAUCAAGCCCUUCAGUCUCCCCCCCGCCGAAGGCGACAAGGAGGGCCAGGACGGCGCGGUUUCCGGCAACAUGCCGAAGAAAGCGGAUCUAGAGUUCUGAAGUGUUGGGUGUUUGUUUGAAUGCAGACAUCUUCGCGAUUAUUCCUCGUGUUCCGAUCCUCGCAUCAUAUCGUCCAGCUCGAUCUGCUCGGACAUGGCGGGCCCGGUGUUGACCAUUGUGCGGAGAUAGUGUCUACCGUACGAGUCGAUGCCCGGUCCGGCGGGCGAGGCUGCGAAAUACGAUCGCAGGCGGCGGUUCCUCACGCAGGACGAAAGACCCAGCCAUGCUUUACGGCCCCGUUA